CAGCGCGCGCAACAGGUCACUUCCGGGACGAGAAAGCCGCACUUAGCUAGCGGCAACAUGGAUGUUGUCGGCGAAAGCGAAGAGCCGGUCUCUGGGGAAGCGUUGUCCAUCGCCCAUGCGCUCUCUCAUCCUCCGGAGUCAUAUGGAAACGACCCUGAUAUUGAAAUGGCUUGGGCCAUUCGAGCAAUGCAGCAUGCUGAAGUCUAUUAUAAACUGAUUUCAUCAGUUGACCCACAGUUUCUGAAACUGACCAAAGUAGAUGACCAAAUCUACUCUGAGUUCCGUGAGAUUUUUGAGACACUCAGGGUAGAUGUAUUGGACCCAGAAGAACUCAAAUCAGAAUCAGCUAAAGAAAAGUGGAGACCAUUCUGCUUAAAAUUUGAAGGGAUCGUAGAAGAUUAUAACUACGGGACUUUACUGCGACUGGAUUGUUCCCAGGGCUACACUGAAGAGAACACCAUCUUUGCACCCAGGAUUCAAUUUUUUGCCAUUGAAAUUGCUCGGAACCGGGAAGGCUAUAAUAAAGCAGUUUCCGUCAGUAUUCAGGACAAAGAAGGAGAGGAAGGAGCUGGCAAUAAAGAAGAGGAAGCUGAAAAAGGAGCUGAUAGUGGAGGAGAAAAAGAGGAAGGAGCCAACAGAGAAGGAGAAAAGUAGGAAACUAAUGAGGGAGGAGAAAAAGAAAGCCAAGAAACCUGUGACUCAGCUGAACGUGUCUGCUAUACACAGCCCCCUUUGGUUCAAUGAUGCCCUUGUGCAAGUGGAGGACUCAAAUGGACAUCUUUAUAGCUAGCAAGAGAAGCUACUCUGGCCAUAAUAGCUUAAACACCCUUAGUGGAGUCUCUUAGUUCAUUAUUGCUUGAUACCCUGUUUCUUGGCUGUAACUGUUGUUGAAAUAAGGCAUUUUGUAAAUAAAUUCCUUUUGGUUUAUUUUACUAA